AGUGAAUUGAACUUACAUAUACACUGGGGCACCCACCGGCACAACACAGCAGCUGCUGGGGAAAGAUAUUGCCAUACGUCAUAUUGUCAUACCCGAGUCGCAAGUCGUCAAGGAGUAGUGUUCAAAGCAUUACAGGGCAAACAUUAAUGACAUAUCGCUGCAAAUUUGAUUUUAGGGCGCUCGUGGCGUUCCAGGUGUUUGCAUUCGUCCUCAAUUUCACCGAAUAAUCGCGUGAUUGGUCACCUUCUGCUAUCCCCUUAUCGUCUCAGCGCUAUAAGAUAUGGCCUGGGAGGAUUUUGGCGAGGCGACUGCUAACGCGCCAGGUAGACCCGACCCCGGGCCCCCAGGCGGCAUCAUCCCAGCCAGCAACUCCUCCUACUCUCAGCUUGCCACCAAGUCCCACCAUCCUCAUCAUCAUCCUUACAAUCUCCAUCAGCAACACAACUACACGCUGCACCGUUCCUCCGCCGCUUUCGAUUGCACAGCAGCAUACGGUACGGCGGCAGGUUCUUCUUUCUCGGUCGUACCCUCCCUUCGCGCGCUGUGUCUUGGCUUCUUGGGUCGCCAUGUGCAGAUGCUAGCGGAGCAACUGGGCCCGCACCUGGGCCCCCUGCCUCCGGACGUGAAGGCCUGCCUGCUAUGUGUAGCCAGACGCCGCCACUGCCUCACCAACCGAGUGCUUCUGGCCCUGGCGGACGAGGGCUGGCCGCUGCUGGACCUGGCGGGGGCUGUACGGCUGUCGGAGCGGGCAAUACGGCAGG